AUGGUUCUGCACCUACUAAAUCAAUUAAAAAUUACCAAUAACCAUAUUUAUUCCAAUAUAGUGCCGCAAGAUUUGGAUAAAAGAACCGUUCGAGCCAAGCCCACCAAUGAUUAUUCUUUGAAAAGUAUGAUAAAAAAUAAUACUCAUCAAAAACCGACCAUACCAAUAACAAACACCACCAAAAUAAAAUCUGUUCAUGAUGAUAGCAACAGCAAUAUCAAAAGAGUGAAGAGGAGUUUCAAACAUAACAAUAUUUUUGUCAAAUUAACGAAAAAGAAAUGUAUUGUUGUUAUUAAUUAUGACAAAACAAAACUAUCGACAAUAACCAGAUCAAAGUUAGAUACUGUACCAUUACUACCCAAUAGUACAUCAUUUACACUGGAAAACCAAAACCAAAAUCAGGUAGAUACAUCUAUAUUGUCAGAAAUACAGUUACCUUAUAAAGGUAUAUUAAAGUACCCAGAUUGUAUUAUCAAUGACACUGACCCCACAAAACUAGAUACAGAAAGGUUUAACAAAUAUCUCGAUGAAGGGAUAAAAUUGCGAAAUAAAACCACUUGCCAUUUGGAGACAGAGACAGAGACAGAGACAGAGACAGAGACAAAGACAGAGAUAGAGACAGAAUUACAGUCACAAGUUUUUUCUAAUUUACUCCAUCCAAUACUAAAUGAAUCAAAUCAAAGUACAGAAUCUACUCCGGUGCCUAAUUAUUCAAAUUUAAACAAAUCGAAAAUAAAUCGAAUAGUACUAAGAGACUUUGAAAUCAAUACCUGGUAUAUUGCUCCAUAUCCAGAAGAAUAUUCACAAUGUGAAGUAUUAUACAUUUGUGAAUAUUGUCUCAAAUAUAUGAAUUCACCAAUGUCUUACCGACGACAUCAAUUGAAAAAUUGUAAUUUUUCAAACAAUCAUCCUCCAGGAUUAGAAAUUUAUCGAGAUCAAAAAAGUAAAAUUCUGAUUUGGGAAGUUGAUGGAAGGAAAAACAUUAAUUAUUGUCAAAAUUUAUGUUUAUUAGCCAAAUUAUUCCUCAAUUCAAAAACAUUGUAUUAUGAUGUCGAACCAUUCAUUUUUUAUGUAUUGACAGAAAUUGAUGAGAAAAACCCAUCAAAUUAUCAUUUUGUUGGAUAUUUUCUGAAGGAGAAAUUGAAUAGCUCAGAUUAUAACGUCUCAUGUAUUUUAACUUUACCCAUUUAUCAAAGAAAAGGGUAUGGUAAUCUAUUGAUUGAUUUCAGUUAUUUAUUAAGUCGGAAUGAGUUCAAGUAUGGAACACCGGAAAAACCAUUAAGUGAUUUGGGUUUACUAAGUUAUAGAAAUUAUUGGAAAGUAACAAUUGCUUAUAAAUUGAAACAAAUUUACGAUAAAUACUUUUCAUGCAAUGCCAAUGGGGAUGGUGACAGUGUCAGCGACAAUGCAAGGCUCAGUUUAUCUAUUGAUACACUUUGUAAGUUGACUGGCAUGAUACCAUCUGAUGUUAUUGUUGGGCUAGAACAAUUAGAUUCAUUAGCAAGAAAUCCAAUAACUCAUAAUUAUGCCAUUGUGAUUAACUUGGAUAAAAUCAACACUGAAAUUGCUAAAUGGGAGAAAAAACUGUAUACUAAACUAGUCUAUGAGAAAUUAUUAUGGAAACCAAUGUUAUUUGGUCCAAGUGGAGGAAUCAAUUCUGCACCAUCAAUUCAACCACCACAACCACAAUCAACAUCAGUAACAACGACAACAAUGUCAGCUAGAGAAGGUACUACAAAUUCUCACCCAAAGCCAGUUAUUCCUCAAAAUAGUAUUUCAUUAAUCACAAACUUUUUAAAAGAUGACAUCAACAAUCCUUACACAUUUGAGGAAGAAGGAUUUAAAGAAAUUGAAGCUCGCAGAGAAACUGAGAAUGAAGAGAUAAAGAAUGCAAGCUUAGUAGAAUAUGUUACUUGUUAUCCUGGCAUAGUAGUGAACAAUCAUUUCGUCAAUGGUGGUGGUGGUGGUGGUGAACUGAAUGGCUCAAAUGAUCAAAUCAAAGGCCACAAAAAGAUGUUGAAGAAAAGGAAAAGAAUUAUAGAUGAUGAUGAUGAUGAUGAUGAUGAUGAUGACGAUGAUGACGAUGAGAUUGAAAAAAUAUUUGAAAUUGAUGAGAUCCCGAGUAACGACGAAAAUGAACCAGAUUUUGAAGAUGACAGCGACGAUGUGGAUGAUUUUAUGGAUGAUGAUGAAGAAGAAGUAGUGGAGAUUAAAGACAAUGAUUCCGAUGAGGAUGUAUCUGAAGAUAUAAUUGAAAUUUUGGACGAUGACGACCAAGAGGAAGAAGACUGGAGAAGAACUUGGAAACGAAGGGUACCAUCACCUCCCAAAAGGAAAACUGUCAAUGUAUUGACUGGCAACAAUAACAAACCAAGAGGUAGAGGGAGACCAAGAGGAACAUUCAAAUUAAAAGCUUAA